UGUCAUUAAUCACAACAAAACAGCUGACGUAAAGAAAUAAACAAAAAUUUAGUUUGUUUCGCAGUAUUAAAUAUAAAUUUUUGCAAUUUUUUUAAUAAUUAAUAUAUAACAAGAUGGAAAUCGCCAAUACUUAUUACAGUAAAGAUGAAUAUGUAGAAACGGCUUCUGGCAAUAAGGUGAGUCGUCAAACAGUACUAUGCGGCUCACAAAAUAUCGUACUUAAUGGUAAAGUUAUAGUACAAAGUGGCUCCAUUAUUCGCGGUGAUUUGGCGAAUGUACGAACAGGACGUUAUUGUGUUAUAAGUAAAAAUGCCGUAAUACGUCCACCCUAUAAACAAUUUAGCAAAGGUAUUGCCUUCUUUCCCAUGCAUAUUGGUGAUCAUGUUUAUGUAGGAGAAGGUGCAGUAGUUUCGGCCGCUGUUAUUGGCUCGUUUGUGUAUAUAGGAAAGAAUGCCAUAAUAGGUCGUCGCUGUGUUUUAAAAGACUGUUGUAUUAUAGAGGAUGGUGCUGUCCUCCCGCCUGAGACCACAGUGGCCAGCUAUAUGCGUUACACUGCUAAGGGUACCAUUGAAGGCGGUCAGGGAAAUCCUAAUUUUGUACCUGCCGCCAUGCAAGAUCAAAUGAUGGAUUUUACCAAAUCAUUUUAUGAACAUUUUAUACGAUUGCCUCAGGCCUGCUAACUUCAAUAAUAUUGAAAAAAAAUUGCAAUUUCUAAUUUUAUGUAAUUUAUUCUUAUUUUCUCUCAAAAAUAAACCUAUUUUCUAAGAUCUAAUCUA